CAGAGUUCGAGCUGAGCAGUUGCACACAGCUGCUCGUGAAGCUAGCUAGCGAAGCCACAGGCCCACAGUGACUUUGCUCCCCCACACCGUAGCGGCCGUAUAAACCAGCUCCAACCGAUCCAUCGAAAUCGAAGCACAGUACGUGAGCCCGUACUAGAGACAUAUGGCCUCCGCGAUCAAGGCUGCAUCGACCUCCUCCCAGUGGUCUUCUUCCCCGGCGGCAGUCCACUCGUCGCCGUUAUCGAAGCGGCUACCAGCUGCAGUGGCCAUGCCGGGGCGGCGGAGGUCUGUGGCCACUGUAAGGGCGGUCGCCGCGGUAGCUCCGGCUGCCCCGGCGGCGCCGGCCAAGCUCACCGCCGGUGCCGGCGGCCGAUGCCUGCCGGUGUCGCAGACCAUGUCCAGGCUCAGGGCGCAGGGCAAGACGGCGUUCAUCCCGUACAUCACCGCCGGCGACCCGGACCUGGCGACGACGGCGGAGGCGCUGCGGCUCCUGGACGCCUGCGGCGCCGACGUCAUCGAGCUCGGCGUUCCCUUCUCGGACCCCUACGCCGACGGGCCGGUCAUCCAGGCGUCGGCGGCGCGGGCACUGGCGAGCGGCACGACGCCGGACGGCGUGCUGGCGAUGCUGAAGGAGGUGACGCCGGAGCUGUCCUGCCCCGUGGUGCUCUUCUCCUACUUCAACCCCAUCGUGCGGUGGGGCCUGGCCGACUUCGCCGCCGCCGUCAAGGAAGCCGGCGUGCACGGCCUCAUAGUUCCCGACCUCCCGUAUGGGAACUCGUGCGCUCUCACUCUCAGGACCGAAGCCAUCAAGAACAACCUCGAGCUGGUGCUGCUCACAACACCAUCUACGCCAGCGGACAGGAUGGAGGAGAUAACACGAGCUUCACGAGGAUUCGUCUAUCUCGCGAGCGUCAAUGGAGUUACAGGUCCACGCGCAAACGUGAACACACGUGUCCAGUCUCUCAUUCAGGAGGUUAAACAGGUCACUGACAUACCCGUGGCUGUCGGGUUUGGCAUAUCGAAACCUGAGCAUGUAAAGCAGAUUGCAGAGUGGGGUGCAGAUGGUGUGAUCAUUGGUAGCGCAAUGGUGAGACAGUUAGGCGAAGCAGCCUCUCCCAAAGAAGGAUUGAAGAGGCUAGAGAAAUACGCCAGGAUCAUGAAGAACGCGCUACCAUGCCAGUGAACUAGUCGUAUUGACGCGAUAUAGGCUGUGUUAGCAAGCACGUUGGAGAACAAUGUUGCAGAAGUAGCACAAUUAAUAAUGAUCCAUUCGGCAAGGUUGCUUUUUUACAAAUUGCAACAAUAUGUUAUCAAUAUAAAAUCAACGAUUCCUUUGUUUAAAAAAAGGAAGAAAUGUUACAUCAUUGCAUGAUGCUUCGAUUCAGUGGUCACUCCAUUCAUUCUAAAUUACAGUUCAGUUCGAGUU